UCACGUGACGUGACGUGUAGCUAGCAUGGCGGCGCUGAGCUGAGAUAGAAACCUUACUGGACGGACAGAGAUACUCUGGCUUUCAUUUGUUUUCCUUGUCACCUGCCUUUCGCAGGGCCAGGCCGAAGAUGUCGGCCUGAGAGAGGAGCUGUUACAAGACCGAGAGAUGCAGCAACAGCCACACCGGCCCCCGCCGCAGCAGCAACGCUCGCAGUCGAAGGCUGGAAACAGUAAAACCAAGAGCAUGUUUCUGUCCAGGGCGCUGGAGAAAAUCCUCUCGGAUAAGGAGGUGAAAAGAAGCCAACAUAGCCAGCUGCGCAAAGCAUGCCAGGUGGCGCUCGAUGAAAUCAAAGAAGAACUGGAAAAACAAAAGGAUGGUACAGUGGUUGCACCCAGAGCCAACUACAUCGAGGCUGACAAAUACGUGCUGCCCUUCGAGUUGGCCUGUCAGUCAAAGUCCCCUCGGAUAGUUAGCACCUCUUUGGACUGUUUGCAGAAGUUGAUUGCUUACGGUCACAUCACAGGGAACGCUCCGGACAGCAGGACCCCUGGCAAGAGGCUGAUCGAUCGGCUAGUAGAAACCAUCUGCAACUGCUUCCAGGGCCCUCAAACUGAUGAGGGAGUCCAGCUACAGAUCAUCAAGGCCCUGCUGACGACGGUGACCUCCCCACACAUUGAGAUCCAUGAGGGCACGGUGCUUCUCACUGUACGGACAUGCUACAACAUCUACCUGGCCAGCCGCAACCUCAUCAACCAGACCACUGCCAAGGCCACCCUCACGCAGAUGCUCAACGUUAUCUUCACACGCAUGGAAAACCAGGCUGCCCUGGAGGCUCAAGAACAGGAGAAGGACUGUCUACGCCUCCCCCAGCAGAACCCGUCCCCAGUCCCAGGUAGUCGGAUGUCUGAUGGGAGUCCUACUCCAGAGCCCCAGAGCUCCCUAUCCCCGGCAGCCAGUACUUCAGAUCUCACCAGCACCCCUGCUCGCUCCACGUCCCCACCACCAACUUCUGACUUUGAGCAAGACGGAGCAACAAGCACCCCAUCAAUCAAUGGAGAGCCUGAGGGUGGCAACACUCCGGUAAACGGAACAACAGAACGAGUCACACCAUCAAGAGUUUUUGAAGAUGAAGGUGCAGAAACGCUUCCUACAGAAGCUAGGCAAACUGAAGAAGCAAACGAAGCAGUAAGCAAUUUAAAUCCAGCAGAGCUGGCAGUGACUCAGGAAGAGGAAGAAGAACAACAGAAACACAGUGGAACUGAUCAGCACCCAGCCCAUCAUGUUCCCGAGCAGACGGAGGACGUUCCAACCAGGAUCAGGACAGAAAGUCAGCAGAUGAACGGUAUAAUCGAAGACCGCUCAUCUGUUUCCUCCACAGACAUGCUGGAUGCUGAGGCCCUACAGGGACCCCACAACGCAGCCCGUUUUUCUCAUAUCCUGCAAAAAGAUGCUUUUCUGGUGUUUCGCUCUUUGUGCAAACUCUCCAUGAAACCGCUUGCUGACGGCCCUCCAGACCCGAAGUCCCAUGAGUUGCGGUCAAAGAUCGUCUCCCUGCAGCUGCUGCUCUCUGUGCUGCAGGGCGCCGGACCAGUAUUUCGCACCCACGAAAUGUUUGUGAAUGCCAUCAAACAAUAUCUUUGCGUGGCGUUAUCCAAAAAUGGUGUCUCCUCUGUGCCUGAGGUCUUUGAGCUCUCACUGGCCAUCUUCCUCACCCUGCUCUCCCAUUUCAAGAUCCAUCUGAAGAUGCAGAUUGAGGUGUUUUUUCGGGAGAUCUUUUUGACUAUUCUGGAGACAUCGACCAGUUCUUUUGAGCACAAGUGGAUGGUUAUCCAGACACUUACACGCAUCUGCGCAGAUGCCCAGUGUGUGGUUGACAUCUAUGUUAACUACGACUGUGACUUAAAUGCUGCUAAUAUCUUUGAGCGUCUUGUCAAUGAUCUCUCCAAGAUUGCUCAGGGCAGAAGUGGACAGGAGCUUGGGAUGAGUCCUCUGCAGGAGCUGAGUCUGCGUAAAAAGGGUUUGGAAUGUCUGGUGUCCAUUCUCAAAUGUAUGGUGGAAUGGAGCAAAGACAUGUAUAUGAAUCCAAACCUUCAAGCAAACCUGGGUCAGGAGCAUCCAUCUGACAAUGAUGGAGCAGAGCUGAAGCUCCCUGAGCAGCUGGCAGGGCGCCGGGACAGCGUUAGCUCAUUGGACUCCACUGUUUCCAGCGUCCCCAUGUCCCAGGCGGAUCAUCCAGAGCAGUAUGAAGUUAUCAAACAACAGAAGGACAUCAUUGAGCAUGGCAUCGAACUCUUCAACAAAAAGCCGAAGCGUGGUAUCCAGUACCUGCAGGACCAGGGGAUGCUGGGCUCCACAGCUGAGGAUAUCGCCCAGUUCUUACACCAGGAGGACCGACUGGACACAACACAAGUCGGGGAGUUUCUCGGUGAGAAUAACAAGUUCAACAAAGAGGUGAUGUACUGCUAUGUGGACCAGCUGGAUUUCUGUGGGCGGGACUUUGUCUCUGCUCUCAGGGCGUUCCUGGAAGGUUUCAGGCUUCCAGGAGAGGCCCAGAAAAUCGACAGACUGAUGGAGAAGUUUGCUGCCCGGUAUCUUGAAUGCAACCAGGGACAGACAUUGUUUGCCAGUGCAGACACUGCCUACGUGCUGGCCUACUCCAUCAUUAUGCUUACCACAGACCUGCACAGUCCUCAGGUGAAGAACAAAAUGACGAAGGAGCAAUACAUCAAGAUGAACCGCGGUAUUAACGACAGUAAGGACCUGCCUGAGGAGUAUCUCUCCUCCAUAUAUGAUGAAAUCGCAGGUAAGAAGAUUGCCAUGAAGGAGAGCAGAGAGUUUUCAAUCACCCCGAAGUCCACCAAGCAGAAUGUGGCCAAUGAGAAGCAGCGCCGCCUGCUCUACAACAUGGAGAUGGAGCAAAUGGCAAAGACCGCUAAAGCUCUGAUGGAGGCCGUGAGCCAUGCUCAGGCACCAUUCUUCAGCGCUACACACCUGGAACAUGUCAGGCCCAUGUUCAAGCUGGCCUGGACUCCCUUGCUGGCAGCUUUCAGUGUGGGACUGCAGGACUGUGAUGACCCAGAGGUGGCCUCUCUGUGCCUGGAAGGCAUCCGAUGUGCCAUCAGGAUCGCCUGCAUCUUCAGUAUGCAGUUGGAGCGAGAUGCGUAUGUUCAAGCCUUGGCCCGAUUUACUCUGCUGACUGCCAGUUCCAGCAUCACAGAAAUGAAGCAAAAGAACAUCGACACCAUUAAGACCCUGAUCACCGUGGCUCAUACUGAUGGAAACUACCUGGGCAACUCGUGGCAUGAGAUCUUGAAGUGUAUCAGUCAGCUAGAGCUCGCCCAGCUGAUUGGCACAGGGGUGAAGACACGCUACAUCUCGGGGGUUGUUAGAGACAGGGAGGCCGGCAUCAAGGGCUUACCUUCUGGUACGGAGGAGUUCAUGCCACUGGGACUGGGAAACCUGGUUGGAAGUCAGGACAAGAGACAGAUGGCUCACAUUCAGGAGUCAGUAGGAGAGACCAGCUCUCAGAGUGUGGUGGUAGCUGUGGAUAGGAUCUUCACUGGUUCUACCAGACUUGAUGGAAAUGCAAUUGUGGACUUUGUGCGAUGGCUGUGUGCUGUGUCCAUGGAUGAACUGGCCUCCGCUCACCAACCAAGGAUGUUUAGCUUGCAGAAGAUUGUGGAAAUAUCUUACUACAACAUGAACCGCAUCAGGCUGCAGUGGUCUCGAAUUUGGCAGGUCAUAGGAGACCACUUCAACAAGGUGGGCUGUAACUCCAAUGAAGAUGUUGCCAUCUUUGCUGUGGAUUCACUGAGGCAGCUUUCCAUGAAGUUCUUGGAAAAAGGGGAACUGGCCAACUUCCGCUUCCAGAAAGACUUUCUCAGGCCUUUUGAACACAUCAUGAAGAAGAACAGGUCUCCCACCAUCAGAGACAUGGUGAUCAGGUGCGUAGCUCAGAUGGUAAAUUCCCAGACGGCCAACAUCCGUUCUGGUUGGAAAAACAUCUUCUCAGUGUUUCACCAGGCUGCCUCCGACCAUGAUGAGACAAUAGUGGAGCUUGCCUUCCAGACCACUGGGCACAUUAUCAUGAACACCUUUCAGCAACACUUUGCAGCAGCUAUUGAUUCAUUCCAGGACGCAGUAAAGUGUUUGUCAGAGUUUGUGUGCAAUGCAGCUUUUCCUGACACCAGCAUGGAGGCCAUCAGACUCAUCCGACACUGUGCAAAAUACGUGUCUGAAAGACCACAGGCUCUGAGGGAAUACACCAGUGAUGACAUGAAUGUUGCUCCUGGUGAUCGGGUGUGGGUUCGUGGCUGGUUUCCCAUCCUGUUUGAGCUUUCUUGUAUCAUUAACCGCUGCAAGCUUGACAUCCGAACAAGAGGUCUCACAGUCAUGUUCGAGAUCAUGAAAAGUUACGGCCACACCUUUGAGAAGCACUGGUGGCACGACCUGUUUAGGAUAGUCUUUCGCAUCUUUGACAACAUGAAGCUCCCGGAGCAGCAGACAGAGAAAACUGAGUGGAUGACGACGACAUGCAACCACGCACUCUACGCCAUUUGUGAUGUGUUCACCCAGUUUUAUGAGCCUCUCAGUGAAAUCUUACUGGCUGACAUUUUCACACAGCUGCAGUGGUGUGUCAGGCAAGAUAAUGAACAGCUGGCUCGGUCGGGGACAAACUGCUUGGAGAACCUGGUGAUUCUGAAUGGGGAGAAGUUCAGCCCAGAUGUUUGGAACAUCACCUGCUGCUGUAUGCUGGAGAUUUUCCAGAACACCAGCCCUCAUGCUUUGUUAACCUGGCGACCCGCUGGACAGGAUGAAGAAGCUGCUGAUGGCAAGCACUUCGAUGCUGAUUUCGACUGUCAGUCCCAGAGCAGCUACGACAGAGCUCUGUCUGAGAGAGGACACAGUCAAAUGUCCAGCGACGACACCUGGAAGGGCAAGUCGAAUGCCAGAGUUUCAGACCAGAAGUUGUUUGCAGGACUGCUGAUUAAAUGUGUGGUACAACUUGAACUAAUCCAGACCGUAGACAACAUUGUUUUCUACCCAGCAACCAGCAAGAAGGAGGAUGCUGACAACAUGGCUGCUGCACAGCGAGACACUCUGGAGGAGUCAGAAGGAGGCAAAUCAGGCCCAGAUCAGGGCAUGUACCGGCAUAUGACGUCAGCCCACCUCUUCAAGCUCCUGGACUGUCUGUUGGAGUCGCACAACUUUGCCAAGGACUUCAACUCCAACAACGAACAAAGGACGGCCCUCUGGAGGGCAGGAUUUAAAGGCAAAUCCAAGCCGAACUUGUUGAAGCAAGAGACCAGCAGUCUUGCUUGCAGCCUGAGGAUCUUGUUCAAGAUGUACUCUGACCUUCAGCUGCAGGACUCGUGGCCUGACAUUCAAACACGCCUGCUGCUGGUGUGUAGUGAUGCUCUGGGUUACUUCAUCAGUCUGACCUCGGAGAGCCACAGAGAGGCUUGGAACAGCCUGCUGAUGCUGCUGCUCACCAGGACCCUACGGCUACCCGAUGAUAAGUUUAAGCCCCAUGCUUCCUGCUACUACCCCCACCUGUGUGAAAUGAUGCAGUUUGACCUGAUCCCGGAGCUGCGGGCCGUCCUCAGGCGCUUCUUCCUGCGUAUCGGUUCUGUCUUCCAAAUCGCUGCUUCUGAGGGACCGCCUGCUUGAACUCUCACAAAAAAGAUGUUGAAGGACCAGAUGGAGAAAAUGGAAAUGACAACGAACACGGAUGAAGAUCUUAACUGAACUUGAUUGAUAAGAGACUUUCUCAGCUCAUAUUACAAGAGGGGCAGCAAAACUAGGAGGAAAGUGAAAAAGACUGUAGCUUUUCAGUUUCACUUCAGUACUUUGCAUUAAAGUGUUAGAUUUUUUUUAACUGUGCUUGGCUUGUUGAAAAAUGUCUUCACGCUGUCCCUCCUCGGUUCUGUCUUGGGGAUGAGCAGCAAUGUGACCGACGCUCCCUGCUGACUGCUGUCGUUCAUCAUCCCCUCUUUGACUCUCAUCUCAAUGACCAGAAAACAACCCUAAAUAAUUUGUCGUUAUUGUUGCUAAUCCUGACCUGGUUUCCAUGUUUUUCUGUUUGUUCUGGCUUUUAAAUGCUUAAAGAAAGACAUGGAAAAGAAAUGAAGCAGUGAAUCUGAUAAACCUUGGAUUUGUGCUUUGGCCGCCUGUGCCUAUAAGAAAAUUAUUGUAACAACAAAUGUUCUCUGUAUCAGUACUCUACCUAAAGCAUUACUCUAGUGUUUACGUGUCUCCUCAUAUUGGUGUAGCAGCCUAUUGACUUGCUAAAGAGACCUCAACCUGCAUUUGCAGGUAACACUAUCAAAGAUCUAAAAUGGCUUUCUUUCUGAUUUAUCUGCUAUGUGAUACAACCGUCCUGUUAUGUUUCUUGCUUGUUGAGAUUUUACUUAUUUAUUUUUCCUACUUGCUUUAAAUUGUUUUAUGAUUUUUUUCCCCCCAAAAUAAUACCUGGUUUACAAUGUAAAAUACUGUAUUCUCCCUCCUGUCAUGCAUUCCUGCUUGUCUUACACAUGGAGUUGACUCCUCUGCCUUUAGACUUCAAGCUGGCUCAUAAAACCUCUCCACUUAUCCAUCACUUGGCUGUAUUACAUAAUCCAACUAUUUUGCACAUCAUAUUGCUACUGUAUUGAUACUACCCAGUGUAUCAAUGUAGAAUGCCUGUCAGUGCUGAUUUACUUUUACAUGACAGUACCACAGGAAGGUUUGGGAACAGAGCAAAACCAGAACUCACAUCCACGGAGAUGCUGGAAUCUCUGCAUCUUGGAUUCUUACAGUGUAUUCCAUGCCCUUUUUUUCUUUUCGGAAAAAAGAUGUAUGUAAUUAUUUAAAGUGCAUUUAAUUUUUUUGUUUGUUUGUUUUUGGGACAAGCAUCGCUUCCCUUGCAGUUAUGGAUGUCUACUUUUUUCCCCUAAAGUUAGGGAAUAUAUAUAUAUAUAUAUAUAUAUAUAUAUAUAUACAUAUAUAUAUAUAUAUAUAUAUAUAUAUAUACAUUGUGUGAAAUUAAG